CGGAGUUGGCGGCCAUCUGGCGGCCUUGUGUGGAGUAAGGGGACGGAGGAGCGGAGCUUGGGAAUGUAUCAAGCUUUGGCGGUUUCCGGCAAACAUUUAUUGCCUCGCGCCUUGGAAGCUUCAACCAGCCACUGAGCUUGGAACCAAGAGAAUGAACGCAUCACCAUCGCGUCAAUGCUCCGGCGCCGGCGGGAUUGGCGGAUCGAAAGGAGAAAACUCUCUCGAUCGCUCUGCGUGCGUAUAUAAAUACAGGAACAUCAAAUGACAAAAACCCAGAUUCAGAAACAUCCAUCGUCCUCUCCCUCCCUCUCUCUCUCUCCCCCCGUAUCUCCUCUGCCAAUUAGCUAGACGACUACCUUUCUUUUUCUUCGUCGUGGCCAUGGGGCAUUUUAGCGCUCUUCCAGAAGACUAUGUCUCCACCUGCCUUUCAACAACAGGGAAGAUCUCGUUGAUGGCAGCCAUGGUCCUCUUAUUUGCCGUCCUCUUCCUUGUCCUCCUCAUCCAUUUCUACGUGCGUUGGUCUCUCGAAAGGUCGCGCAGGCGCAACAGGGCUCUACCGUCCACGAAUUUACCGGCCCUCUGCAACUCUGGCUUGGACCAAUCGGUCAUUCGGUCACUCCCCACUUUCUCCGUCGCCGCCGGCAGCGGCGGCGGGCAAAAGGACGAUUUGGACUGUGCCAUCUGUCUCUCGGCGUUCGAGGAGAAGGAAAUGGGGAGGCUGUUGCCGGAGUGCAAUCACGAGUUCCAUGUCGAUUGCAUCGACAUGUGGUUUCAAUCACACUCGACCUGCCCGGUAUGCAGGACCCAGGUCAGACACUGGGACUCCUCUAGCAAUGUGACCUCCAUUAAUGACGGCGGUUCUCCGGCUCCCGAGAUGCCGUCGGUGGAGACCGUCAGCUCCCCUGUUGGUGGUGGUAGCGAUUUUGGCGAUCUAAGUGAUCAGGCGACUGUAGCUGUUUCAUCAGCAGAGUUUGCCGGCGAGCUGCCAGCGAAACGGUCGGAGAGAGUCGAGUACUGUUCGGAGAGGCCGGCGGCGAAGCCUUCGAGUGAGAACCCGCUGGUGAAGCUGAAGAGGAUGUUGAGCAGGGAGAAGGGGAGGUCCAGUAGCAGCCUGCAGGCUUGUGAUCAGGAAAGUGAUUUGGAAGCAGCAAGGCAAGUGGAUCCUUCCGCUUCCAGGUGA